CGUGGUUGAGAAGCCACUGUGAGCAGGUCGUGCUUCCCGCCCGCCGCGCGCCCGAGCGCCAGACCCCCAGUCGUUGCGAGAGCGAGGUCGUCUCCGCUCCAGCCCGUGGCGGGAGCGCGUUGGGCCCCGCGGCCUCCGUGCAGCGCCUGUUCCUCCUGGUGCUUAUCCAGUCCAAGGGCGAGGAAGAGAACGAAAUGCACCACCGGCCGUGAAUCUCUGAACCAAAACCCUGUAGGGCCUGAAACAACAACAACAACAACAAGGAUCAGUGUGGAGUUGCUGACCCUGCCGUGUGCGCCGAGUGCCGUUAACCCUGAGUUUGUCGUUAGUUUCUGUGUUAGUGUUUCCAUUUGUGCCGUGGAUAUUAAUAAGGCAUCGCGCAUUCCGAGUGACGGCCAAGACGCCGGGGAGUGCAGCAUCGUCGGCGCGCGUGUCGGAUAACGCACUAUUCGCCGCAACACUCGCCAGAUCGCCAUCAUUCUCCGCGGUGCCUGAGCGGUCGGGUUUAGGUGCAAGACGGCCGAGGUGCAGACGCCCGUCGAGGGUCCGGAAGAAUGAUGCCGUGACCCAAGCCACCAACAGCAGUCGACGCCCAGACUCAGGCCCACCGAUGCCGUACGCUCGCCCGCCCACCCUGGUGGGUCCCGUCCUGGCGCUGGCCUCCGUCGUGCUCCUCCUGGUCCUGGGGCCCGCCUUGGGGCCCUCUCCGGUCCUGGCCGAGCGAUGCCUCACAGACUACCCGGAGGAGAACCCUCCGCGCUUCCUGCUGGUGGGCGGCGAGCCGACCGACCUGCGCCUGGAGACGUCGCGCCGUCGCCUCACGCACCGCCUCAUCACGCACGUGUUCCGCACCUUCCUGCUGGAGGUGCUGGGCUACGACGCCGUCAAGGUCGUCUACGUGGAGGACAGCGGCUUCAACACGACCCGGGUGGUGAACCGCAUCGGCGGCGCGGACCUCGGCGAGGAUGCGCGGUCGCCGCGCAGCAUGGUCAACUUGGAAGUUUGGACGGGCCCGGACGACAGCCUUGCCCAGUGGUGGUCAGAGCACUCGAUGAACGUCCUUGAGGCUGGCCCUGUCACCAACCCAGGGAGAUUUGCUUGGUUUGUCCCGCGAGAUGGUCGCGGUGAGCUCAGUGAUCUCACCUGGAAAUCGUUUAACAGCCCUGGCACUGCUGAGAGAUUUUCCCUCAGUUCACACGACUUUGAUUUCUUUAACAUUGACAAGGUCUUGAGAGACGACAAAGGAUUUUACUGCACGGAAGAAUUCUGUGAAAAUGGACGGUACACGCCGAGCCGUUGCAAGCUGAGUCAAAACUGUGCAACUCUCUUUACAAGCUAUUCUGACAUGACAGGUUUUGUUAAACAUCAUAUUGAGGAACUGCAACUAUUUGUUGAAGUAAUCUGGGUCGGGCCACAUCUUGGGAACCUAACAACUGAAAUUGCUAAGAGAUACAAAUUUAAAGGAGUAGACAAGGAAAUUGUGCUUCUUGGCUGGUCUCCAUCUGAGUUGACGAUUCCUGGUGAUAUGCUGUACUCAAUUGUUACCUUUCCACCUUGUGAAGAGAUGAUGUCUUCAAAAAUAGUUGGGUGCAAGUAUGAUUUGCAGCGCCUUUUGAAGUUAGCAUGGAACAAACUAAAAGAAGCUGCUCCUCCAGCUUAUGAGUCUAUUCGCAAGGUGCAAUUUGACCAUGCUGAUUACCAUAAUCUUGUACAACGAAGUCAGGAAGCCGGAUCUCUUAGUGAUGAAAAAGUUGCUUGUGAGUGGCUUCGAGAGAAUAAGGAAAAAUGGAAAGACUGGGUCUGGAGUAAUGACAACAAAGAUGUCUUAUAUAUUGGAGGAAUUUUUCCUUUAAGUGGCCAUAUCUACUCAGCAAGAGGAAUUGUUAUAGCUGCUCGAAUGGCAAGGGAAGCCAUCAAUAACAAUAAAGAUAUACUACGAGACUACAAACUGAGACUUCUUGUGGCAGAUGGCCAAUGCCGUGCAGAUGUAGUUAUGAAAACAUUUAUUGACUAUAUAUACCUUGACAUGUACCCAAAACUUGUUGGAGUUUUAGGCCCUGCAUGCUCCGAUUCAGUUGAACCUCUGGCUGGAGUAUCCAAGCUGUAUCGAACAGUUGUUAUUAGCUAUAGUGCUGAAGGAUCAAGUUUCUCAGACCGUAGUAAAUAUCCAUAUUUCUAUCGUACAAUUGGUGAAAACAACCAAUACAAAAAUGUAUACCUACAACUAUUUCAACAAAUAGGCUGGACACAAGUUGCAUCUCUGACUGAAGAUGGUCAAAGAUAUACAGAGUACUUGUCACAUUUACAAGACCUAAUGCAAACACAUGGUAUUCAGUAUAUUGCAAAUAGAAAAUUCCCUCGUAAUCGUGACAGCACAGCCAUGCCCAAGUAUUUAAAGGAGCUAAAGAGUAAAAAUGCACGAAUUCUUAUUGGUGAUGUAAAUGAUGAUGCUGCUCGAUCACUCAUGUGUGCUGCUUACCACCUUGAUAUGACAUCCAAGCAUGGAUAUGUAUGGUUUCUACCAUUGUGGCUGUCCCCUCAUUGGUAUGACAUCAGUUCUUUCAAUAACAGCAGUGAACUUGUAAAUUGCAGUACUGGACAAAUGAUUGAAGCAAUUAAUGGACAUUUAGCUUUAACGCACACAUACUAUGCAGAUGAUAAUGAAACAAUGCAAGAAAAAAUGUCUGUUGGACAGUGGAAAGAGAAGUACAAGGAAGAGUGUGAACGUAAUAAAAUAGAGACUCACAACUAUGCAGGCUUUGCAUAUGAUGCUGUGUGGACUUAUGCUUUUGCUCUUGACGCCCUCAUGAAAGAGAAUCAAUCUCAUCUUGUCACUUUGCACAACGAGACAACUGUGAAGCGAUACGUUGAAAUAAUUAGUGCAACCGAUUUUAAUGGAGUGUCAGGAAGAAUUAAUUUUAAAAGUGGCCCUUCGAGAUCAUCAGUGCUCCAAGUUGUUCAGUGGCUUAACAAUAAAACUUAUACUGUUGGGACCUAUUUCCCAAAUACAUCUGUAGCUGAAGGUGGCGGACGGCUUGAACUAAAUAAAUCAGCAAUCGUUUGGUUGACACCUGAUGGCUCUGUUCCGUUGGAUGGAAAAGAAACAUUACCACAAUGUGUGCUUGCCGGUUUUGCAAAUGCACUCAAUGUAAAUUGUGAGGUGGCAAUUGCAAUUGCAAACGUAGCUGGCUUUGGUCUUCUGGGAACCCUUUUAAUUGUUGCAUUCAUCAUUAUGAAGAGACGUUACGAUCAAAAGGUGCAAAUUACUCAGAAGUACAUGAGAUCUCUUGGAAUUGAUCUGCUCUCCCCCUCUAACAUAGCAUGUUUAGAUAAAUGGGAAAUACCCCGUGAGUUUGUGGUAGUAAAUAGAAAAUUGGGUGAGGGUGCUUUUGGAACAGUAUAUGGAGGUGAAACAAAAAUUGAUGACAAGGGAUGGAUUGCAGUGGCUGUCAAGACUUUGAAAAUUGGCUCUACAAUGGAGGAAAAACUAGACUUCCUAAGUGAAGCUGAAGUUAUGAAACGACUUGAUCAUAAGAAUGUGGUGAAGUUGAUUGGAGUUUGUACCAAGAUUGAGCCAGUCUAUACUGUCAUGGAGUUCAUGUUGUAUGGUGAUCUGAAAACUUACCUUUUGGCACGUCGUCAUUUAGUGUAUGAGAAGGUAUCAGAGGAAUCUGAUGAAGUGUCCAACAAAAGAUUGACAUCAAUGGCUCUAGAUGUUGCUCGCGCUCUGAGCUACUUGGCUGAAUUGAAAUAUGUUCAUCGAGAUGUGGCAUCAAGGAACUGUCUGGUAAAUGUAUCAAGAGUAGUUAAGUUGGGAGAUUUUGGUAUGACAAGACCAAUGUUUGAAAAUGACUACUACAAAUUUAAUAGAAAAGGAAUGCUGCCUGUACGAUGGAUGUCUCCUGAAAGUUUAGCAUUAGGAGUGUUCACCCCUGCCUCAGACGUCUGGGCUUAUGGUGUUCUUCUUUAUGAAACAAUUACAUUUGGAAGCUUUCCAUUCCAAGGUCUCAGUAACAUCCAAGUAUUAGAAUCAGUGAAGGCUGGAAACACAAUUACCAUUCCAUCUGGAGUGAAACCACAAUUAGAAAGUUUAAUUAAAUCUUGCUGGAAUGCUGACUACAAAAAGCGACCUCAUGCAUCCGAAAUAGUUGAAUUUUUAGCCAACAACCCACGGUUGUUAUCUCCUUGUUUAGAUGUUCCGUUGUCCUCUGUUCAAAUUGAAGAUACAGGAGAACUUGAAAUAUCCCUCCCAGAGCGUCGUCGAAAGUGUUCUGUGUCACUUAACUUUUUAAACAGAAAUGUGGGUCGAUCUCAGUCAGUUAAUGCUGACCCUGUGUUGGCUCAGCAGGAGACUACACGAACCACAUUACUGGAUUCAAGUGUUUGUCCAACAGAACCUCUCCUAGGAACGCCUAGAUCAUCAACUGCUGGCAUGGGGCUGAGUAAAUACGUUACUUUACAACAUUCCCCAUCAAGAGCAUCUCCAGAGCAUCAUGAUGAAUACAGUAGCCAUGAUACAGAAGUGGUAUCAAUUCUCUGACGAUGUGAUGAGGUGGGUUCACCGCCUCAGUCACAUAUUCAUGGUUGCUGGUCAGUUAAGGCUGCGAUUCCCUCCUGCCUACCUUCUAGUACAACUGCACCCAUUUGUAUGGGUGAAAGUGAUCCGGAUUGUGAGACAUCUCCCUUAUAAAAUAGCUAGCCAUUUUUGCUCAAUGUGUAGUUUUAGAGGCCAGCCAAAUAAUGGCCUUUUCUUUUUUUCAUUGGAGAAAAAGUAUAGUACAGCCUUUUACAAGAUCUCUAUUCCCUGUAUUUUUCCAGUACAGCAUAAAGUUUAAUAAUAACAUAAAUGAUUGCUAAACAUGUAUGAGACAUGUGAGGUAAAGAUAUUGUCUUUCAAUUUGAGAUAUUACACUUUUGUUUUGCUGGUUUUAUUUUGACCCAUUUGAAGUUCUUGCUGACGUUGAUGUUGCUUUCUUCUUCCAUAGGGCCAGCUCAUGUGAAAUCUUAAGUAGCCCAUCUUAUUACAGAAAUCAAUAAAAAAACAGGAAUUAUUUUUUUACCCGCAACUUGGAAGGUUUAGAAACAAGCUCAAAUAUGUGUACAUGCCACAUGCAUAUGUCUUCAAAAUGUACACCAAAGUCAUUUAUUUAAGACUGAUGAACUCUCUGUAGCUUAGUUAUGAAGAUGCCAAAACAAUGAUUCAAUUUAAGCAAAAGCUUAUUGGAAAGUGUGUUGCUUUUGUAGUAGGUUGUAUAUACCAUUACAAGACUGUAUUAAAAUUGUGAGUGCUUAUCUCAUAAACUGAUCGUAGGAGAAUUAAAAUGUUUUCUUGAUUAAUCAUGGUGCCACUCUACAAUGAGAAAUGCAUCUUUCAUAACGGAGGCAUAAAUUUUGAAGUAUCAUAUAAAUUAUUUAUUAUUACAUGACACCACCAUCUAUCAUUGAUCAUGAUCACACUCUGUGAAGCAAUCGAAUCUUUACCUCAAUUAUUUUAAUUACAUUGUACCAUUUGCCUGUCUUUCGCUCAUUUUAUUGUUGCUGUUCCUUUUAAAUCAUUGUAUUUAGUAUGUCCAGUCAUUUUAAUUCUAAGCACAUAUUGUUGAAAUAGUUGAUCAUUCCGAUUUGAGUGGUUCAUAUCAGUUCAGAUCCAGUACACAGCUGUAUGUCAUUCUUUCUAUAAGAUGUAAGUCUGUCUCUUUAGCAAAAUGGCCCCUGUGCCCCACUGUGCGAUCUACUGCUUGUUUACUGCUAGUCUAGUAUACUGAUACACCAUUAACCACUUUUAACUAGUUAUUUAAAUUUAUCUAUUUGAGAGUCUCAAAGAGUGAAAUAAUUUUGUUAGCCUUGCUAAGUAGCUCAAGCUCAAAAUGUAGGAGUUACUUUCCAGGGAAAAACCUUUAUUAGCUCUUACUUUUGAACCUAGAAUGUUUUCAUAAUUUCUUGGUGAAAUUGCCGUUGCACUUGACCUUUUUGAUCUGGAUAUUUUAAGAAAGAUGCAAAGUAUAAUUUCUUGAAACUUAAGACAUUGUAUUUCCUUCUGUGAUAUUUAGUAUAGAAUUUUCCCUCUUAGAAAAUUAGCUUAUGUAGUACAACUGUGUGGCCCUGGAAAUUGGUGGUUUUUGUAAUAACCACCUGAUUUUUACUUUUUUUAAUUUUUGCGAGGAUUACCUCAUAGUUGGUUAUGGCUUUCUAAGCAAAGCAUCUUACUACGGUAAUCAAAGAAAACAUGUACAGUACGUAGUUUACCUAUUUUAGUAUGUGUAUGAUUUUAACACCUUCAAUGAUUGUACUGAUGUAAAUCAUAGGGUUUACAUACCAACAAUAAUAUUCUCCCUGUGUUUGUCAUGAACGGAACCCAACUGCUUGUUGCCCUUUACUUAAUUCUUAAUAAUUCAAAUGAGUGAAAACCCUUCAAAAGUAGUUGUGGUUAGCAUUUUAUGCAACAUCACAUACUACUGAAAAAGCAAACCUGCACUUUAUUGCAGCAUUUAAACAAAUCUUAAUGUGUUGCAUUGUUCUUAAGUUCUCAUUCAACCUAAAGAAAAUCAAAUCUGAUAUGGCUGGUGUAAUUUUCCUUUGGUACUAGUUUUUAAAGUCUUCAGCAGCUCAAUAAAAACAUGUGUCUGCAGAAACUCUGUAAUCUUUCUAUCACCAACUUUAUUUUUGUGAUUGAAUGCAAAUGUUAUUUUUACAUCUUAUACCUUACUUCUUUUCUUUGUAAUAACUAUUAUAUAUGUUUUAAAAGUCCUAGUUUGGCCAUCUUAAACAAAAAUUAUUUUAAAACUUUAUAUUUCCUACUAAUUAAGUGUAAAAUUACGGAGUCAUUCAAGUUGUGAGUAUUACACCCCCAGGAGGUGACUGUUAAACCAAUGAAGUUAUUCCAAAAAUCAUCACUAAUGCCCUUUCCAUAUGUACCUGACUGUAUUAUGUGUGUAUUUUGAUUUAACUUUACAUCAUAUUGAUACUUAAUUUCCAUGUAAAUUACUGAUUGCAGUUCAAUAGUAUUUGCUGUAUGUAAGAAAAUACAUAUUAUACCUAAAUUUCA